AUGGAAAUCCAAAAUUGGAGUAAACGAAUUAGUGUGAUUCUAGGUUCGUCCCUUUGUGUGAUUUUUCUUUUGUGGAUGCUCUUGUGUUCAUCAUCAACUACUUCAUCACAGACCAACACCAUCCGGCCUAUAAGAAAAGUUUUAGAAAGCUCUAUUAGAGGUAGGGAACUAUUAAGUUCCUCAUCAGCACCUAGGAUUAUUCAUACUACUCAAAGACACAAAAAGGUGAUUGUCUUAGACAAUGGUCUUGUACAAAUCAGUUUUUCAAAUCCAGGUGGUGAUGUAAUUGGAAUUAAGUACAACAACAUGAACAAUCUUCUUGAACCACAUAAUAAAUAUAGUAAUAGAGGGUAUUGGGAUAUUGAGUGGGGUGAAGGCACAACCAGUGGCAAAGCUAAUAAUUAUGACAAAAUAGAAGGAACCCAUUUUGAGAUCAUUGAGGCAGAUGAGAAUCAUAUUGAAAUUUCAUUCGUUAAAAAAUGGAAUGACUCCUCUCGCAUAUUUCCAGUAAAUAUGGACAAACGAUUUAUAAUGCUACGUAACUAUUCAGGAUUCUACACAUAUGGAAUACUUGAACACCCUAAAGAAGCACCAGCUACACAAAUUAGUGUUGUUAGGGCUGCUUUCAAGCUUCAAAGAAAAAAAUUUAAUUACAUGGCAAUAUCGGAUGAUAGGCAAAGAACUAUGCCUUCAGCUUCAGAUCGUACAAAGGGUAAAAGACUUGCUUAUGCAGAAGCUGUAGUAUUGACUCGUCCAUCCAACCCUGACCUUAAAGGAGAGGUUGAUGAUAAAUAUCAAUACUCAAGUGAUCACAAAGAUAUUAGGGUACAUGGUUGGAUUAGUUCAAAUCCAUCAGUGGGCUUUUGGGUAAUCACACCAAGCCAUGAAUUUCUCACAGCUGGGCCUAUGAAGCAAGAGCUCACAUCUCAUGUCGGCCCAACAUCACUCUCUGUUUUCUUGAGUUGUCACUAUGUUGGAAAGGAUCUAAUGGUAAAACUUGAGAAAGGAGAGACAUGGAAAAAAGUUUAUGGCCCCAUUUCAAUUUUUCUUAAUUCUGCCUCAAACAACCCUAAUCCUGAAUCCUCAUUAUGGAAUCAUGCUAAAGCACAGGCAGAAGAGGAAGUUGCCAAAUGGCCAUAUAGCUUCAUAAAUUCCAAGGACUAUCCCCUUUCUGAUCAAAGAGGAAGUGUUAUAGGUCAAUUGUUUGUUAAGGAUAGGUACUUGAACAAAAAUAACAUACAUGCCAAAUUUGCUUAUGUGGGAUUAGCUGCACCUGGAAAUGCUGGUUCAUGGCAAUGGGAAAAUAAGGGGUACCAAUUUUGGAGUCAAGCAGAUGAGAAAGGAAAUUUCAUCAUAAAAAAUGUUCGACCCGGCAAUUACAAUUUAUAUGCUUGGGUCCCUGGUGUUAUAGGAGACUAUGUCUACUACAAAACAAUUACUAUUCAGCCAGGGAGCAAAAUAAAUUUAAAUAAUCUACUUUAUCAACCUCCAAGAAAUGGACCUACCCUUUGGGAAAUUGGCAUUCCUGACCGAACAGCUUCAGAAUUUUACGUGCCACACCCAUUGUCUAAUGUCACUAAUAGACUCUUCAUCGAUAAAGAAAGUCAUAGGUUCAGGCAAUAUGGUUUGUGGGAUCGUUAUACUGAUUUAUAUCCAGAAAAAGAUCUCGAAUACACUGUUGGCGUGAAUGAUUAUCGAAAAGAUUGGUUCUUUGCUCAUGUCAAUAGAAAACUAGAAAAUGGGACAUACCGACAAACGACAUGGCAAGUGAAAUUCAACCUUGAAAAUGUGGUGCAAUCCAAAAGCUACACUCUUCAAUUAGCAUUAGCUUCAGCAAGUGCUUCAGACUUACAGGUUCGAAUGAACGAGCGUAAUACGUAUAGUCCCAUAUUCUCAACACAUUUAUUAGGGAGAGAUAAUUCGAUAGCAAGACAUGGAAUUCAUGGGACAUAUUGGAUGUUCAGCAUUAAUAUCUCUGGCUAUUGGCUCCGUCAAGGACAAAAUAUACUUUAUUUGACUUCAUCAAGAGCUUUAGGUCCUUUUGGAGGAGUACUCUAUGAUUAUCUUCGAUUCGAAGCCCCAUCUCAAACAUAAUUAUUUCACUAUUUAAUUAAUUAUAAUUGCUCAUGAUGAAUAAGUUUAAUAUUAUAUAACUUCUAUUGUGUAUUUAGUACAUUGAACAAUAAUGGCAAAUUACCAUAAUGAUAAUUUAUCAGCUGUGGUAUAAAAAUU